UUCUAUGGUAAAACUAAAUAAAUAAUCAAGGUAAAAGUGUUCACCAAUUGUUCCGCUGGUUACCAUGACAACCGUGACAGUCUUUACAAAAAAGGCCCACCCGUUGAUAAAAUGAUUUAGCGUUAAUGAGCACCUAGCUAGCUGAAUAUUUACAUCUUGUACCGUCAGCAGUGAGCAACAGGAGAGAAAAGAGCAAGACUAUUUGCAAGGAAAGAGUGGAGAAGACUAUAAAGAAGUAAUGAGUGUGAGGCAGCAGGGCCUGAUGCAGCAGGCCUUUUCUCACAAGGAGGGAGGUGGUGAUGCUGUGAGCUGCAGCACUGACACCUCUAGGUGGUCCUCUCCCUCCAGAGUGUGCUGUGGCUCUAAUAGCUCACACUACUCAUCUGACUUUGAAGACCAGGCUGACUCUCUUACAGACAAGAACCCAGAAGUCAAGACAUCAGACAAGUGGCAGGCAUCAAAAACAUGCGGAAGAAAAAAAGGUAAAAAAGCACAAGGGCCCCACAGGCAUAAGACAAACAACAGUGCAAACCGGCAAGUCCUGAAGUUGCCUCCGAUCAAGCCCAUGCAGGUUUCAAAGUCUGCCGACUUGAACUGCAUCAGGGAGCUGAAGAGCCAGGUGUGGCAUCUGCAGCAGCAGUUGGGCGAAGCCAGGACUGAGAACAAGCUGCUGAAGAGGCUCCAGCUUCGCCACACGGUGGCACUGCAGCACUUCCAAGACUCUGAGGGCAGCCUCUCACAGAUCCUCACCAAGCACAGCAACGAGGUCCGAGUCCUGCAGGGGUUGCUGCGUGAGACCCGUGCCUGCCGUGACAAUCUGGCAAGGCAGCUACAAACCACAGAAAAUAAGUUGCUAAGUGCAAAGGCCAGUCUCCAGCACCUACAGCUGCUCAGCCAGGAUCACAGCCUGCUGGAGAGGGAGGAACUCGCCUUCAGACUGACCAGGGCCUAUGCAGAGCUGGAGGACAAGGACAAGAGGAUAUUGGACUUGGAGAAGAAUCUUGAGUUGUGCCAAGCCUCAUUCAAUCGCCAAAUAGUCACUGAACAAAGAAAGAUCAACGAGGCGAGAAAGAUAUCCUGCUAUCUGCAAGAGCAAAUAUAUCAGCUAAACAAGGAAAUUCAAGAUGGAAAGAGAAAACUGGAAACGCACAAUAUUUACUCCCACAGAUCUUCCAAAAAAGGCAGCGAAAGCAAGAAGGUUCAAACAGAUGGAUUAGUCCUUCUCCCCACUGCAGCUGCAAGUCUUUUGGAGUUAGAAUAUAUGACUGAAGAAAGGCUGGAGAAGCAAGAGUGCUCUGUGAACUGGUGUUGUUACAAUCCAGUGCAGGAGUCUUUGGUAAUAGAAAAGCCAGAGACGGAGGUUUCUGCAAAUGCCACAGAAGAGAAUCGCCACGAGUGUACUGAAACAUGUGCAGACACCAAUGAGCAUGGUGGUUCUUCAGAAGAGCGCCCAGAAUAUCAAACUGAGGGAGAAAGCGACAAAGAAAAAGAGGCAUCAGACGACCCACAGGUGUUAGAAGAGCUAAAAACAGAGGAACAUGAGAGCGAAACGUCAUACAUUUUAGAAAAGUCUCUGAAUGCAACUAAACCCAAAAGAAAAGGAUACAAGCUCCUCAAAAUCAGACACAACUACACCUUUAAACAAUCUAUUGUGAACCUGCACAGUGGAAGACCUGCCAACAGCAGUGUGGACUUGAGUCUCUGUCAAAGUGCCAAGAGCCCGAUCAAGUUGGAGACCCUCAGCAGUGGUAUUCAUAAUCUUUGUCUACAAGCUGGGAAAUCAAGGAGAGAUGGAGUGUGCAGCCCUCAGGACAAGUAAAGGGCAUUCAAAAACGAAAGAGCAGGCUGAUGAGGAGCUCUUUGGUCCAAGUAAAGUCACUGAUUUAGUGACUAUACAGAAGAACACAGCUGAGGUCAAAAAUGUUGCCUUUACUAGAAGUGUAUGAAGUAUUUCUCUGAAUGAAUGAUUGUUUGACCAAGCGCUACGCACAUAUCCAUUGUAAACUAUCUACUUUGUUGUAAUCCUUCACAACUUUACUACAAGAAAAUCUACUGACUUGCUUGCUUGUGAAUUCCCAACUUAUAACAUUCAAAUAAAUAGAAGCUUA